CCCGUGACAGCACGCGGAGCCAGCUCGGGUCACGAACUUUUUUUACGGCAGACAUCCUCCAUCAAGGCCUACAAGAGGCGCAAAGUCUCGACUCAAAAUCGCUCCAAUACCUGGGAAUGUUCCCUCGUAAGUCUAACUUUCUAUCUGAAUAAAAAGAAAAGAUUGCUUUACACUCAUACUUAAAAUUGUAAGAUGCGAUCGAGAUAGUUUUGUAAAUUCUAAUAUCAGAAAUGAACAUUCUCAUACUAAACAAAAAUUCUAAUUAAAAAAUUAGUCUGAUGUCGAAUUUUAACAUUUAAUUACUUAUAUUUUCUGUACGCACUCUUUAUCGAUGAUAACCUUGUAAAUAUGUUAUAGAAUGAGUGAUUAUCGAAGUGUACAACUUUAACUCGUUGUAGGUGGGAUGCACAUAUAUGUACUUUUGUCCUAAUUCAACUCGUAGCUAACCUCAGUAUCUCAUUGACAUUCCGACGAUAUAGAACACUCUACAAAUCAUGAAUCCAUUGUUUCAAAUAUAUUCUGAAAAUUUCAUUUGUAUUAUGCUCUCAUUCAUUUUCUUUCUUUCUGUAGCUAGACCGAUUGCUUCUAUACUGUAUUCUUGGAUCUUUGAUGAAUGAUGACAUCUAGUAUCGAUUUCUAUGGUAGAGUCUUUGUUAUCUUCAUUCGAGUUCUUUCUGUUCAAGUACAUUCUGGCUCUAUCCAGCGUUUGUAUGUAGAUAUGUGUGUGUAUGCAUUGUUUUAGAGUUUCCGAAAACUUUUAUUUCUUCCAUUAGUAAUCUCGUUCUCAAGAGAUCAAGAUUUUUCACUCUACAAUUUCUGAAAUGAUAUUACAACGGUAAAAAUGCAAAGAGUAAUUCUUCGAUUAUAUUGACUUGUCUUUUAUUCAAGAAUGACAAUGACAAUCGAAAAUUUCUUCUCUGAUUUGAUGUUUAUCAAAUUUUUAUUACAAUUUUUUUCUUCUUUUUAUAGUAUUUAACAGCAUUAGCUAUUGCCGGUGGAGUAUAUUAUCGAGGUAUUGAAGGUGCUUUGAUUGGUCCUAUUAUUUUAUGUUGUUUAUUAGUUGGUAUUCGAUUGUAUAAUGAGACGAUAUCAACAACCUUAACAUCAAAAUCUCAUCAAUUACCAUUCUCAUUGACAAAAAUGAAACAACGUGUCAAUCGUUCAUCUAGUUUACAAUCAUUGUUGAUAAGAAAUGAUAAUGACUAA